AUGAAGAUCAACGCGUCUUACCUCGCUCUCCGUGCACUCAUUCCCGAUUACUCGAUAUCAAGAUCAAAGGAGAGAUGGACUGCACCGGCUUUAGUCGAUUGUGUUCUUAAGUACAUCCCGGAACUCGAGAACGAGAUAGAAACACUUAAGCUCAAGAAACAGAACUACCUAAUUCAAGCAGACGAGAGUACUGGUAUCAAUAGUCCAGAUCAGAAUUCACAGCAAACUGGGAUUGACAGUAUUACAAAAGUGGAAGACGAACAAGGCAUUUGGAUCCAAAGUGCAUCUACUCUUCAAGUCUCUCAAAAUAGAAUUUGCUACCAUUUACACAUUCAGACAAGUGAAAAUUCAACUGGGGUAAACUAUGUUGAAGGAUUGAGAAACAAGGUUCACAUCAAUGGGAUUAGAAUUGGUUAUGCAUCAAUAAAAUCUCAUCAUCCUUGCACAGCAGCCAUAGCUGUAUUAGCAUAA